AUUAGUUGAAGAAUAAAAAUAUGUUACUCCAUUACCCCUCUUCAGAAGUAACAACAGAAUACACCGACAAAUACAGAGAAUCUAUACUACUUGCCACUUUGCAAAAUGAUGUUAAGGCCGGGCAUUCCAGAAUGGAAUAAAUAUCUCUAGAAUCAGCUUCCUGACACAUUUCCCAUGCUUCUUCCACCUCGCACCCUCCGUUUCUACGUCACACAUUGCGCUUGCAUGAACUCUGAACAGAGACAGACAGAAACGAAAAGCAACUUCAACGGGUCUUUACUCUUUAGAUGUUGCUGUGUAUGUGCUAUCAUGUGAAGCAAUAAAAAUGCUAUCUGUGCCUGUGCAAUAUUAGAAAACCAGAGAGGCAACACGAGAGAGAGAUGGCGAUCAAUAAGGGAAAUGGCAAUAGUAGAGGGAGGCCAUAUGCGAUGAUGCUGAUUCUGGCGUUUGGGGCGGCAAUGUUGGGGGUGAUGCUGCUUCACAAGCUCAGGGAGAGACGCGUUUUCAACCUCCUCGUCCAGGACAAGGACCGUCAGAUCAUGUCUCUUGAGCUCCUUUUACAGGUAUCAUCACUAUCACCAGUUCACUACAGCCAUCAACAUCCACUUCCACUAAACAACCCAAUUGGGUCAGACACUGUAUUAGUGGACUAUGGAUUCGUCUAGAUAACCUCUUUUGGGUUGCACGCUCCUCUCCCCUCCCUUGAAGAGGAACACAGAACCCUGGAAUUAGCACUAGAGGAGAAGCAGAAUGAGAUUAAAACUCUGAGAGCAAAGGAGACAGACUCAACCAAGGAGAAUCCUCAAGUAAUAGCCCUAACAGAACUCUUGAAGAAGAAAGAAGCCGAAAUUGAGGAAAUGAAGCACCAUCUUGAUAACAAUGCUCAUAUCUGGUCAGUAAGCAUUGAUGAUCCAUCAAGUCUGCCUAUAAAUCUAACCACAAGGAACAUCGUUGGUGAGGAUCAAAACGAGAAUGGUGAGACAAAGUUGGAUGGUGCCAUUGCUGAAGAGGGGCAACUUCAAGAAUCCAUGAAUACCAAAGAUGAUCAGAAUUCAACAAGAUAUGAUGACCAGAUCGAAAAUGGAAAGAACAGUACAUUUGAGGCAGAAAUUCCUAGAGAAGGGCAGUUGCAAAAGCUGGAAAACAAUGGAAAUGGUGAAAGUUCUAAACAAAUUGGUGAUAAGAGUACAGAAGAGAGUCAAGUAAAUGGAGAAACUGCACGAGACAGGAAGUCUAAUAACCCGGAAGAUUUUCAGCAUGGUGAAUUUUUGGGAGCAAGUAACAGAUCCAUGAAUAACAUAAAUGCAGUGAACGGUGUUGGAAAUUCUAAUGAUUCUCAAGUUUUUGAAACCAAAGAUGAAUAUGGUGAUUCAAAAGCAAUGGACAGUAAAAAACAUGGUAGCAUAAAAUUGGAAAAACUCAAUCACUCUCUAAAUGGUGAAGGUUCCAGAGCGCGAGUAACACAUGGCUUCAGAAGGAAAAUGAAGGCCAAGAGAUGGAGAAUGACUUCUGAAGGAGGGCUGAAAAAGUAUGAAGAUCUUGAGGAUGGUAAAGGUGCAAAAUUGAAGGGUAGAUCCUUUACUAAAGAUGUAGCAAAAAUUGACAAACAGAUGCUGUUAUUAAGAGAGGGGAAUUUGCAAAAGCUUGUGAGCCACCAAUAUUAUAAAGGUCUUAACAUGAGAGAAGCACAUACAAUCCAUCAAGAUGGGAAUGAUGACAUAAUUCUGCAUGAAAAUGUCAAACUACUAAAGCCACAGACUUUUCUUUAUGGAGAGGGGUUAAUUAGAAAUGUCAAUGGUGAGGCUAGUGGAGGUACUACAAAUGCACUUGAACAAGCAGAGGACCAUGCAGUUGAAAGACAAAUAGACAUUAGAGCUGAAACCAAGGAGCUAAUGGAAAUGAAGAGCCAGAAAAUAUAUGAGGCUGCACUUGCUCAUGAAAAAGAAAUAGCUGAUACCAAAUCUGAUGCAUCCAGUGACAUUGAUCGUGAGUUCAAAGAAGUUGAUGAUGAACCUAAAAGCAUGGAGAAACCGAAUUCUAGAUGAUAAUCAUGGACUUGUCUUGCUAUAACAAAGUUAUAAAUGUCUACAUUUCGUUUUCCUUUUUUUUUGUUUUGUUUUUAUUUGGUCAUUGUUAAACAGGGUUGCAGCUUAGUGAAUGUUAAUGGCAAAUAGGUGUGAAACCUACUGAUUUGUGCAAAUUUCUACCUUGGUCUAGUCUAAUACUGGCCCGAUUAUAUUUGCUGUUUAACGAGGCUGUCAUGAUAUUGAUGAGUAUAUAUACUGUAAACACAAGAAAAGGUACACAAGCACUUUACUCUUGCUAUUAAUCUGGUGUUUAUAAUAAGUGGACUGCAUUUUGUGGUGGGCAAACAAUGAAAACGCUCAAACGAAAAACAAAAAAGAGCGUUCCAACACCUCAAUACUUGUGAAUAACAGCACUAACCAUUUUUCACGCGUGUCCGUUUUUAAUCAGGGGGUCGGAGGAAGUACUAGCAACAACAGAUGUGAACUUCACAUCUUUAUUGCAUUAUUUUCAACAGGAGAGGGCCUAAUGUCAAGCAAGGCUAGUAAUCUUCCCCGAGUGCCAAGCAUAAGUAAAAACAGGCAACGGGGGCCUCGGCUUCCCAAGGCUAAAUGAAAGCUACUUGAUCUUUCAGGCAGCAAAACUUAGAAGAAAUACAAAAGCCACUACAAACCAACCUUUCAUUCCAUUCAAACAAGACCCAAACUCAGUCAUAUUGAUGAAUUUUAACACCUAGGUAUAACACAAAAAGCUUUGUAUUGGUUUACCGGAUUUAAAGAGAUGCAAAGAAAAGGUUCUCGGCAUUUUAUCACAGAAACUCAUGAAAGUCAUGUACAGAUAAAGUGGCUCGUUUGAAAAAAAAAAAAAAAA